AUGCAUAUCUAUCUAUCUAUCUAUCUAUCUAUCUAUCUAUCUAUCUACAUAGAGAGAAAGAGAGAUAUUUCUAAGUCAGAGGGGAUCCCGUCACUGCCAGGGGUCUUUCCUGAAGCCAAGCUGUCAAUGGCCUUGCUAAGCUCCUCUAUGGUCCAUGAUUGGCAGGCACUCAAUGGCAUCAAGGGCUGCGGUCGUCACAACAUUCUGCCUAGAGUUGAAUUCGGAAUAGUGUUCCACCCAUCUCCCCUUCUGUUGCCCUUUAUCUACGAUGACUUCCCCGGUGGUGGAUUUGAGCGGAGCUGUUUUGUUCUGCAUUGGUCCCAUUGCCGUCUUGAUGCCAUCGUACAUCUCUUUGAUAUUCCCUGUAGUGCGGUGCAUGGUGACACGCAAAGACGCCCACUUCUCCCUGGCAGAGUCUCCGGUCCGCGAGGGGUCCUGCUCGUUCUGAAACCUCUUGGCAAACUGUUGCACAAGCAGGCUGUUCCUCACUGUGAAGCACAAUUGUGGUUCGUCGGAGCUCUUCCCCUGUCAGAAGAAUAUGUAGUUCUUCUUCAGCGAUGCAGAGUGAGCCAGACUUGUUUUCUCUACAUUGGCGAUGUCCACAUGAAGCCUUUUGAGCUCACCGUUGAUGACGGCAGCUUUCUUAGAGUCGCUGAUGUCUUGAGGGUCUUCAGAGAGGACUAUCAGUAUAGUCCGGACGUUCCAACAGCCCAGUUUUAG